UCUUCUUGUUCUUCAUCAUCAUCAUCCUCUUCUUCUUGUUCUUCAUUGUCAUCCUCUUCUUCUUCUUCAUCAUCCUCUUCUUCAUCAUCAUCAUCAUCACCCUCUUCUUCUUCAUCAUCAUCAUCAUCAUCCUCUUCAUCAUCAUCAUCAUCUUCUUCUUCCUCUUCUUCAUCAUCAUCCUCUUCUUCUACUUCUUCUUCCUCUUCUUCAUCAUCAUCCUCUUCUUCUUCUCCUUUUUCUUCAUCAUCAUCAUCCUCUUCUUCUUCAUCAUCAUCAUCCUCUUUUUCUUCUUCUUCUUCAUCAUCAUCCUCUUCUUCUUCUUCAUCAUCACCCUCUUCUUCAUCAUCAUCUUCAUCCUCUUCUUCUUCCUUUUCUUCUUUUUCUUCUUUUUGUCUUCCUCUUGCAGGUAACUGCUCAUGCGCAGAUUUUUUAUCGGUAAAAAAAUCGGCCGAUUUGCCCAUCAUUGCCGCGAAAAUCGGCUGAUCGGCAAAAUCGGCCGAUUUUUUUUUUCAAACUUUACCGAUAAAAAAAAAACGGCCAAAAUACCGAAAAACGGCCAAACAAAUAGCCCACUAA